GAUUCCACGCACCAGGUUUCCCCAGCUGUGACCCCGGACCAUCAAGAAUCAUUCUCAUGAGCCCAUCAUAGAGUGACUGGCAAUCUUUUUCAGUGACAAGAAAAGGACGCCUUUAAAAGAAAAGUCUACAGUCAUCAAAACAAUGCAAUAUCCUGUGUGAAGCGGUGCCUUGAGGUUUGAGGACAUGUGGUUUGAUCAUGUGCCCCGAGAGAAGUGAAGUUGGCGGUGGCCUUGGAUGACGGUGACGCGCAGGCCCUAGCGAGUGUGCCCUCAGCCCACCUCACACUUGGGGCUCCUCCGGAGGAGGGGCUGCCUCUCUGACCUGUUAGCACCAUGAUCCUCAGGCUGCUUCUGGCUCUCAGCUUCUUCCCGUCAAUUCUAGUAACAGAAAACAAGAUUUUGGUGAAGCAAUCACCCAUGCUUGUGGUGUACAACAAUGCUGUCAACCUUAGCUGCAAGUAUACCUACAACCUCUUUUCAAAGGAAUUCCGAGCAUCUCUUUAUAAGGGAGCAGAUAGUGCUGUGGAAGUCUGUGUUGUGAAUGGCAACUACUCCCAUCAGCUUAAGUUUCGCCCAAAACCAGGAUUCCACUGUGAUGGGAAAUUGGGCAACGAAACAGUGACAUUCCACCUCUGGAACUUGUUUGUUAACCAAACAGACAUUUACUUCUGCAAAAUAGAAGUCAUGUAUCCUCCUCCAUACAUAGAUAAUGAGAAGAGCAAUGGAACCAUUAUCCAUGUGAAAGAGAAUCAUCAUUGUCCAGCUCACCCAACUCCUGAGUCUUCUAAGCCAUUUUGGGCACUGGUGGUUGCUGUUGGAGUCUUGGCUUUGUAUAGCUUGCUAGUAACAGUGGCUCUUUUUACUUACUGGAUGAAGAGUAAGAGGAACAGGGUCCUUCAGAGUGACUACUUGAACAUGACCCCUCGGAGGCUGGGGCCUACUCGCAGGCACUACCAUCCCUAUGCUCCAUCGAGAGACUUUGCAGCCUAUCGCUCCUGACAUGGACCCCUAUCCAGAAGCCAGCCGGCUGACACCUCUUCACCUGCUCCACACCACUGCUCUGGAUAGGAAAGGACCGCCUCAUCUUCAGCCGGCCACCUCAGGCCCCUGUUGGGCUACAAAGUGACACAUUUUCUUGACUGACUUGACCAAAUAACAUUAUUUUUGAGAAGCCGAAAUGAAGCUAAAGAAUAUUACUAUGGCAGACUAAGUCUUGUAGUGCCACAACCAAAUUGCAAACUUGCUAUAUAUUUAUUGACUUGAUUGAGAGGCUAGGGCAGAAAAUAAAAAGUGAGUGAAUUCUGUUAGCCUUAAGGUCUGCUUACAGUUUUACUCCUUUCUUACCCCUCUGCAUUGUGGUGGUCAAGUAAAGUGUGAUAUUGAAGGACUUUUUACUUUAUUUUUUCAAUAUGUUUUUAUUGAUUUUAGAGAGAGGAAGGGAGAAGGAGAAAGAGAUAGAAAUAUCAAUGAUGAGAGAGAAUCAUUGUUUGGCUGCCUCCUGCAUGCCCCCUACUGGGUAUCGAGCCUGCAACCUGAGCAUGUUGCCCUGACUGGGAAUUGAACUGUGACCUCUGGUUCAUAGGUCGAGGGUCAAUCACUGAGCCACACUGGUGGGCUUAAAACUUUUUAGAUGGAGAAGAAAGGUUAAAAAAUCAUUCCUUUUUUGUUAAAUGGGGGUUCAGGGUGGGGAUAGGUUAGAGUAGGAGGGGAGGGGAGAGAGACCUUUUUAAAAC